CGGCUGCUCCUUGGGUUUCUCUAGGAAUGGGUCACUUUAACUGUGCUGGUCUUACCUGCUCUCUGUCAGCCUUUAUACUUUUGUUUUCCUGGAUAUUUGGGCUGUCACUCGGUUCGGAACUCAGUUUUGUAACAUGCGGAUCAGUCAUUAAACUAUUAAAUAUUAAGCACAAUGUGAGACUACACUCGCACGACGUACGCUACGGUUCCGGCAGCGGUCAGCAAUCUGUAACCGGAGUGACUGCAGUGGAAGACAGUAACAGCUACUGGAGUAUUCGAGGAACAAGGGACACCUGGUGCCAUCGCGGUACCCCGAUCCAGUGUGGGCAGGAGAUCCGUCUAACUCAUGUUAACACAGGCCGUAACCUUCACAGCCACUUCUUUGCCUCUCCACUGUCCUCUAACCAGGAAGUGAGUGCAUUUGGUGACGAAGGGGAAGGAGACCACCUGGACGAGUGGACAGUUCAGUGCGGGGGAUCCGUAUGGAAGCGGGAGGAGGCUGUCCGUUUCCGUCACAAGGCCACGGACGCAUUACUUUCAGUGACGGGGGAGCAGUACGGACGGCCGAUCCACGGUCAGAGGGAAGUUCAUGCCAUGGCGAGCCCCAGCCAGCACAGCCUGUGGAAGGCCAUGGAGGGCAUCUUUAUGAAGCCCAGUGAGAGCCCUGCAGGCAGCCGAGACUAUACUCACCCUCACACAGAGUUCUGACCUUGACUCCUCCUCUCUGCUUUCUCUCAUUUUCUUUUUCAGUCUCUUUCUGCCUAUCUGCUCCUGAUGUACCUCUGAUUUACACAUGCACUUGCAUUUACAAAUUUCCUCCCCCACUCUUGACUCAUUUUUUCUCUCUCAUUACACCUCGACUGUCAUCUCUUAAGGAGACUGUGCCAACGUCUGUCAUGAAUCAGGGUACAUGUCUUUGAUUUCACAAUCCUUACCAACCUCUAUAGCAUUGAGCGUGUUUUAAGAAACACUACUUGAAUCUUCAAAGAUCCUGCUGCUCUACUCGAUGAGGUAACACUAUCACAAUAGGGUCACAGUUGUUCUUUACAAGUAUGAGACAUUUAACGUAUUGGAAGUGGUUUUGGGUGUGAAGACUAAUCUGUAUUGCAUUUAGUGAGAAUUGGUUCUUCUCUGCUUUAGUUAAUUGUUGAAAAGACAGAAGGCAGGGCACGUCUUUCAACUCAGUACAUCAUCAAGUUAGUCAUUUGUGUUUUGCUGGAUUUAAAGAAAAAAAAAGUGUUGCACUUGUGCCUUUUAUCAUUUUAAAGAAGUAGUAGAUGUUUCAAUAGUGGAACUUUUUGAACUUUUUGAAACACAAGAAUUUCAGUGUAUUUUGAUGGUCUUUGUAAGCUCUACUUAAUGAAUGAGCAGUGUUACUAUGGUUUUUAUUUUAUUUUUCUUCUGAGUCUUAUUCAGUGUUGCAUACAAAUAAUCCCACACUCACUGACGCAUAUUCUACCAAUGUACAUAACUGAACUGGAAACCUUGUGUUAAUGUUUGAUCAGUUUCCUGGUGGUGCUGGGAGAAAGUACAGAGUUUUGCAUACAUUGUGUUACAUCGACUCUGUGUUCCAGGGUUCAUAUCAGCGAACAAACAUGCAAUGAAUACCUCAUUAAAAGAUUUUUUACGCA